UUGUUCCAUGCAUUGACCAUUAAUGAUUUGUCAAGUCCAACUUUCAUUGGGUAGGGUGGGCAUGCUCUGGUCCGACCCGUUACCAACCCGAGUGAGGAACAAAGUCGAUCAAAAGUGUAUUUGAUCCAAUUCGAAUACCAAUUUGGUCCUAUGUUCAGUUUUUCUUUCUAGUUCAUAAGAAUUUGUGUAAUCGAAAUCGAAUUGAAGUACAUAUGAUCUUUGAUAUUUUUACGGUUUCUCGUUGGAUUGGAUUAGGUUUGCUCUUCUAAAACCAAUAGGUAUUUUAGCAAUUUUUUUUUAAAAAAUACACCCACUAUGCCGAGUUUUAAUUUAGAGAAAUGAGAUCCAACCCGACUCUUUGCCAACCCUAGUUACAAGUUACGACUUACAACCACAUGCAGUGGUGGUCGUGGAGCUAGGUUGAAGUUUUUGAAAGAAGUAAAAUUACAUGUAAAAUUUGCACAAAUUCAGGAAUUAAAAUAAUCGGUAAGACUUUAGCUUCCCCUCCCCCAAUUACGAUAAUUUAAAUCAGUCUCCUUGUUCGGAUUUCUGGCUUCGUCACUAAAUCGGCCGGCUUGUGGUCGUCGCCAGGGAUGGGUGGCCUGCCUGUGUUCAGUCGUCGUCAGUAGUCCCUCCAGGUCCAGACUUCCCACUCUGGGACUCUCGUGGUGGUGACAGCGUGAUGGGCUUCUUCGUCAAACCAAGAUCUUCGGCCCAGGCCCACCAAUACCACCCAUGUGGUAAAUCGUGGGAUUCUGUUGAAGUCGUCGUCAUCAUCAUCAUGGGUAAGAUGUAAGAAUAAGACUACUCCUUGUAUCUAAACUAAGCCUCCAUAUUCCAUUGUAGAAAGAACAUUCCCAGAAAACGACUAGCUAAUGGUGUGCACAAAGAAAAAUUUAGUAGGACGAUGCAGACUUCUCAUUGCAAGUUCAUCUCAUUCUGACAGGACACUUAGUUGGUGUCCGCCUAAUUGAGAAGUAUCGUGUUGGAAUCUUCUGGAGGAUGUGCAGCGGCCCGAUUUGGUGCAGAUCGAAUCAAACCAUGAGAAUCACGGUAUAGAAAAAGGAAAUCUUAUGACUAAGUGACAUAUAUCAUCAUUGCACUCGGUUCAGUUUGAUCUGAUCCAAAUCUCUAGUUGAACAAUUUUUUGCUUAAAAUAUUUAUAAAAUUAAUGAGACCAUUGUUAUAAGAACCGAGCCAGAUCAAUGGUCGGACCAGUAGAACCCUAAAUCAUUUACAAUAGUGGUUCGGUUCAUUAUUUGGAAGGUUAUUGAUGGACCAAAUGAUUUUUAGCGGUUCAACAUAAAGUCAAAUGAACCACCACGAUCUAACUGGUCCACUGGUUCAAUAUUUUAACAAAAAAAAAAACUUUAACAUAAACUAAGACCAUCAAACCAUAAUUAUUAUUUUAAUAAAAAUAUGAUUUUUUUUAGAUGGUUUGAAUGAUUUAUUAGAUAAUUUGGUGAUGAUAUGAAAUUGAAAUUGUCUAUGGUCAAUGAUAACUUUAUUUUCAAAUUAGUACAAUAAUUUUGUAAUGGUUAACCACUAAAUCCUAAAUCACUAACUUUUCUGGUUCAAUCUUCUGUCCGAUUCUGAAAAUAAAGGAGAUCACAGAUUGAAUCGCAUCCGUCACGUACGAAACCGAACCUAACGUUUGACUUAAAGGGGGUAAAAAAUAAAAUUUGUUCCCCUUGGAUUUUGCCCUAGGUACAGGCGUACAGCCGUCAUUCCUGUAGGUAUAUUUUUCUUUGAGGCGUCAAGCUAAAAAGAGAUAUACCACAUUUGGAUUUAUCUGCCUUUUCACCUUUACCUUUCUGUCAUAUUCAUACAUGUAUGAAGAAAAUGAUAACAAUAACAAUCCACUAAAAUCCACAAUUAGUAGCCCAAAUCCCCUUCUUUAACUACUUCAAUAAUUCAAUCCAUAGAUCACAAGUAUAAAUUAUUGAUUGAUCAUAUAAACAAUAAAAAUAAGCAAAAAUCUUCCCCUUUUCCCCACCUCCUCUCCAUUUCAUCUUCAAAUCUUUUUGUAUUCCUAUUAUAUAGACACUAGACACCCCCUUUAAUAAAAAGAACAAAAGCUUGAAAUCACUUUCCCUUCUCCAUUCAUUAUUGAAACCCCAUAAGAGAUAGAAAAGAUAGUACAAAUUUAUAUUUGUACUUAAUUAACACUUGAUUGGCGUUGUGUAUGGUGUUUAAAAAUGUGUUUAGAGAUAGAGAAUUAGAAAAGUUAUUUCGCAGACAGAGAAACGUAUUAAUGAUUAUCACUCUUAUAGAGAAAAAUAGUGAUUACCCAUCCGCGCUACUCAUCUGUAGCAGAGAUAUGCUACCUCCUCGUCGCAUACUGACAUGUUUGGUCAAAGCAUGUGUAUCGUGAAAUCAACUGUGUUGCUUAUUAUCAUGCUUUGUUACGACAAUUGGUUUCCUUGAGAAAUAAUAUCUCCACAUAUAAAGGUCACAUGAUCCCAGUUCAAUUGAGUCGACAAUAGGCUAAACUAGAAAUAAAGAAAAAAAAGAGGACCAAAUACAACGAGAAAAUGCAUUUGUUACUAUCAGAAGGAGAAAAUUUUGAGUGGGGCGGGUGUACCAGCUAGGAAUGCUGGUCUGGUGCAUCCAGCCAAUAAUACUUUGCCAUGUGUCCAAAUAACAAAAUAAGAAAUAACUGAGUCUCCUUCUUCGGUUAAUUAUUGAUAAUGGUUAAAAAUAACAAUAAUUAAAUACCCCCACUAACUCAUCGGUGAAUUAAUAACAAUUAAAUAAAACAUACCCCUUAAAAUAAUAAGAAUUAACUAUUCGUAUAUUAAACAAGUCCUACGCCGGUGGACGAUGGCUGUCGUGGAGUCUUUCGCCAUUGAUUCUGGUGAAUUUCUAGACAGCAAACCAAACGAACUCUCAUAACUUUCACGAUUGUGGUCAGUGUACCAGCUUCGAUUGCUUACCUCGCCUGGUGAUAACAAUCAUGAAUCCAGGAUCAAAGGGAGAGUACAACAAUCUACUUCAUCAAUUUCUUUUUUCUCGGUCGUGAUUUCGACAACAGAGGUGAUCUUCGCCGUCAAAGGGAACGAUUCCCUUGUUGCUAGAGCAAGGUCGAUAUGUAUAUAUUGAUUACGAACUCAAUGAGAUUGUCUUCCGAUGUCUCCUUAGCGGUGAAAUUUGUCGGAGUAACCUUCGCUUUUGUUGACUGAAAAUUCUCCAGGGAUCAAAGGCACAAAUCUUGUGGCGGUGACGCACUAUUGAACUUCUGCAGGGUUUUUUUCAAUUUCUGUUGGCAGAGCAUUCGUAUUUAAUUAUUAUCAAUUAACUAACCGAAGAAGAAGAAGGGGGUCAGUUAUUUCUUAUUAUGUUAAUUAGCCACAUGUGUCAUUGGUCGGGUGCACCAAGUAAGCAUUCCUAGCUGGCACGCCCGCCCAAUUGAAGAUUUUCUCCUAUCAGAAAAGGUUCAAACAUCAUCUAAUUCAUUUGAUAUAAUAUGAUCAGCUAUAAAUAUAAAAUUACUCGAGUUAUUACGAGGAAGUUAGCAUUAUUAUAUACUCAAUUUGAUCCGAUAUGAACGGGAUGGUUGGACAACCCUAUCCACGUAUAUACCGCCCUGUCCCAAGAAAAGCCUCGCAACAAGUUAAUCAACAAAUCAAAUCAGCAUUUUCUACAAACAAAUCAUAUAAAAACCAAACCCACACCUCAGCUCUUAAAAACUCCCCCUCUGUUCUCCCUUCCAAUCCCAGCCAUUAUUCCCGGAGAAAUCCCCGCCGGAGAAGAGUGCACGACAGAGUUUCCAGCACCAUCAUUCCUACAAAAAGUUAUUGUCUUUUCUUCUUCUUCUUCCUUCCUUUCCCGACCAAAAUUAUUCAGGGUUGACUUCAGCUUCUCUUCUUUUCACAUGUAUCUCCUCCGCCGUCUUCCCCCCUUCUUCUCUCUGCCUCUCCUCCUUCUCCUCGGCCGCGCGGCAGCGCAACCGAGCACGACCCAGGAGUACGCCCCCACGGCGCCGGAAUCCCUGAACAACUUCCAGCCAAGCUUGGCGGUGGUAAUUGGGAUUUUAAGCAUAAUGUUCUCCGUCACAUUCAUCCUCCUAGUCUACGCCAAGUUCUGCCACCGCGGCUCCUCUGCCGCCGCCCAGGCGGCAGAGCUGCUCCGUCAACAGGGCUUGGCCCGCUCUGCCUCAAGAUUCUCGGGAAUUGACAAGACUGUAAUCGAAUCACUCCCCUUCUUCCGAUUCUCCUCCCUCCGCGGCGACAGGGACGGCCUCGAGUGCGCCGUCUGCAUCUCCAAGUUCGAGGACGUCGAGAUCCUCCGGCUGCUGCCGCAGUGCAAGCACGCCUUCCACAUCAAUUGCAUCGACCAGUGGCUGGAGAAGCACUCAAGCUGCCCGAUCUGCCGGGCCAAGGUCAACGCCGAGGACCCAACAGUCUUCGCCUACUCCAACAGCAUGCGGAUGAUGUGGAGCCAAUCCACCGACGAGGAGACGGCGGCGGUGGUGGAAGCAGAUCGGGGAAUUUCUGCGGCGGAGGACGAAUUGGGGCUUUUCGUACAGAGAGAGGAGAGCGGGAGACGGUCUUCGUCGAGAUUCAGCAUCGGUGGGAGUUUUCGGAAGGCGGGGAGUAAAAGCGGCCGGAGAGAAGACCAAACUCCGAUUCUGGAGGAAACAGGGGACGAUGAAGAAAACAGGGGAAGGGGAAAAAUUGGGUACCAUAAGUUCAAUCACAGGAUUGUAGUCUCCGAUUUGGCAUUCAAGAAUCGAUGGAGCAGUGUCAGCUCUUCGGAUUUGAUGUUUCUGAGGUCCGAGAUGCUUAACGACGCUGCCGGCGAGAGAUUCUUCUCUCUGGAUCAACAACUCUACAGCCAAUCUGGCGGAGGACAGCACAAAUUGGCCGGCGCCCCGCCGGCGGCAUCGAGUAACGGCAAUAACUACUUGUCGGCGGAUGCUAAUGCUGUCAAUUACUCGAGGGAGAUUGUGAAUUCGGCGGCGGACAGGCGGGCGGUGUCGGAGCUGACGGGGGUUUCGAGAUUCAGGAGCUUGGGUGUGGAUCCCGUUGAGGGGAUGGCGGCGGCGGCGGAUGAGGAGAGGCAGAGGCAGGCGUGGAUUCCGAUAGUGCGAAGGACAGCGGAGUGGUUUGCCAACAGGGAGAAGCGGAAGACGGCGGCUGAGACGGUAGAUGUAUAGUUUAAGUCAAGGGUUUUCAUUUCUAUUUUUUUGCUGUUGAUUUGAAAUUUUUACACUACAUAAGUUUUCCUACAAAGUCAUUCACGUAACAUGAGUUGUUUAACCAAAUUUUGUUACGAGUAGCGAAACACGAUGUACAAUUAUCAUGUUAAUAAAUCAUACGGUGCGUGAUUUAUUGAGCAUGUUCUUUGUAUUAAUUUACGAACAUGAUGGUGAUUUUAGGGAGCGUACAUAGGGGCGGGCGGGCGGACCAAGAAACUUUUAUGAGGAAAAAAAUGAAUUGACUCUCUGUACUAGUUUGAAUUUGGGGUAGGGAUGGAUCCAUGGUAUUGUUAGAGUGCUUUGGGACACCCUAAAAUUUGGAGAUCUCCUAGUAGUUUGAAUUUGGAAGAAAAAAAUGUAUAGUCUUUGC